GCUACUUUUGGCCCCCACCACUCCACAUUCCAACUCUCUCUCACACCACUCUCUAAUUGUGCCUAUAAAUUCCAUCAUAACGUUGCAGCAGCAAUAUUGAAAAUAAUAUAAGGCCACUCAGAGGGUCUUUAAAGGAAGAAGACAGAACAAGAAGAAGAAGAAGAAGGAGCCAGUCACACAGUAGUUGUCAGAGAAUCUUACUGUUGGUUGUUUCUGAGGAAAUUAUUAAUUAACCAAAAGGGUUGCACCAAAUGGGUGGUGGUAGUGGUGGUAGUGCUGAUAAUGGUGAUGCUGACCAUAAUAAUACUUCUAUUUCCAUGGCUGCUGCUAAGAACAAGAAGAGUGGCUCCUUUAGCUCCAUUUUUAUGCAUGCUGAUCGCCUAGACGUGUUUCUCAUGAUUUUUGGAUUGAUUGGAGCCAUUGGUGAUGGCAUAGGCACCCCUUUGGUGUUGUUUAUCACCAGCAAAAUCAUGAACAAUAUUGGAAACUUUUCUGGUGGCAUAGAUAGCACUUUCAUCCAUGGCAUCAACAAGAAUGCUGUGGUUUUGUUAUACCUGGCUGGUGGGUCUUUUGUGGCUUGUUUUCUAGAGGGUUAUUGUUGGACAAGAACCGGUGAAAGACAAGCUGCAAGAAUGAGAGUGAGGUACCUAAAGGCAGUGUUGAGGCAAGAAGUUGCAUACUUUGAUUUGCAUGUCAGUAGCACAUCUGAGGUCAUCACCAGUGUCUCUAACGACAGCCUCGUAAUUCAGGAUGUUCUUAGUGAAAAGGUUCCAAAUUUUUUGAUGAAUGCCUCUAUGUUUGUGGGGAGCUACAUAGUGGGUUUUGCAUUAUUAUGGAGAUUGACACUUGUGGGGUUCCCUUUUGUGGUUCUACUUGUGAUCCCUGGUUUUAUGUAUGGGAGGACACUGAUGGGGUUGGCCAGUAAGAUAAGAGAAGAGUACAACAAAGCUGGUACAGUGGCAGAACAAGCAAUAUCUUCCAUCAGAACCGUUUACUCCUUUGUGGGCGAAAGCAAGACCAUUGAUGCUUUCUCUGAUGCUUUACAAGGCUCGGUGGAGUUAGGACUCAGACAAGGCUUGGCAAAAGGCUUAGCCAUCGGAAGCAAUGGUGUUGUGUUUGCAAUUUGGGCUUUCAUAUCCUAUUAUGGUAGCAGAUUGGUCAUGUACCAUGGUGCCAAAGGUGGAACUGUGUUUGCAGUUGGAGCAGCCAUAGCACUCGGAGGAUUGGCCUUAGGUGCUGGUUUGUCGAACGUGAAGUACUUCUCAGAGGCGAGCACUGCGGGAGAACGCAUAAUGGAAGUGAUAAAAAGGGUUCCGAAGAUCGAUUCAGACAACAUGGGUGGGGAGAUUCUGGGGGAGGUUCGUGGCGAGGUUGAGUUUGAGAAUGUGAGCUUCGUGUACCCAUCGAGGCCCGACAGUGUGGUUCUGAAGGAGUUUUCCCUGAGGGUGCCUGCAGGGAAAACGGUGGCGCUGGUGGGAGGAAGUGGGUCGGGAAAAUCCACUGUGAUAUCUCUUCUGCAGAGGUUCUAUGACCCGGUUGAAGGAGAGAUACGUGUUGAUGGCGUGGCGAUUCAGAGGUUGCAGCUGAAGUGGUUAAGGUCUCAAAUGGGGUUGGUGAGUCAAGAGCCUGCACUGUUUGCGACGAGCAUCAAGGAGAAUAUUCUGUUUGGAAGAGAAGAUGCAAGUGAGGAAGAGGUUGUGGAAGCUGCGAAAGCUUCCAAUGCUCAUAAUUUCAUCUCACAGUUGCCACAGGGAUAUCAUACUCAGGUAGGAGAGAGAGGAAUUCAAAUGUCAGGGGGACAAAAGCAGAGAAUUGCUAUAGCACGAGCAAUAAUAAAGAAGCCACGAAUUCUGUUGUUGGAUGAAGCAACGAGUGCACUAGAUUCUGAAUCCGAACGAGUUGUGCAAGAAGCCUUGGACAAAGCAGCAGUGGGGCGCACCACCAUCAUCAUCGCUCAUCGAUUAUCCACCAUCAGAAAUGCAGAUGUCAUUGCUGUCGUGCAAAGUGGGAAGAUCAUGGAAAUGGGUUCACACCAUGAACUCAUCCAAAACGACAAUGGCCUCUACACCUCUCUCGUUCGUCUGCAACAAGCAAAACAUGAAAAAGAAGACACCCCUUUUCACCCUCUUCCUCCUCCUCCUUCAUCAUCAUCAUUAUUAUCAUCAUCAUCCAUAUCAAACAAAGACAACAAUCACAGCACAAGCAGUCGUAGGUUGUCUCUCGUGAGUCGAUCCAGCUCCGCCAACUCAAUCCCUCGUGUUGUUGUCGGUGGUGAUGAUGAUGUUGUUGAAGAGGUUGUGGUGGAAGAUAUGAAGCUGCCACUUCCCUCCUUUCGGAGAUUGCUAGCACUGAAUGUUCCCGAGUGGAAGCAAGCGUGCAUGGGGUGUUUGAACGCAGUGUUGUUUGGCGCAAUACAACCUGUGUAUGCAUUUUCAAUGGGGUCCGUGAUAUCUGUUUAUUUUCUCCCAGACCAUGAUGAGAUAAAAGAGAAAACCAGGAUCUACUCCCUUUGUUUUCUAGGGUUGGCCGUGUUCUCCUUGGUGGUUAACAUCCUCCAACACUAUAACUUUGCGUACAUGGGAGAGUACUUGACCAAAAGGAUCAGAGAACGAAUGCUCUCAAAGAUUCUCACUUUCGAAGUUGGAUGGUUCGAUCAAGAUGAAAAUUCCACUGGUGCUGUUUGUUCUAGACUUGCCAAAGAAGCCAAUGUGGUAAGGUCAUUGGUGGGAGACAGAAUGGCUCUGGUGGUGCAAACAAUUUCUGCAGUGGUGAUAGCUUUCACUAUGGGCCUGGUCAUUGCAUGGAGGUUGGCCAUUGUUAUGAUAGCAGUUCAACCGAUCAUCAUAGUCUGCUUCUACACAAGGCGUGUUCUUCUGAAAAGCAUGUCCAGCAAGGCCAUCAAGGCGCAAGAUGAGAGUAGCAAGAUAGCUGCAGAAGCUGUUUCCAAUCUCAGAACCAUCACAGCAUUUUCUUCCCAAGAGAGGAUCCUAAAGAUGCUUGAGAAGGCACAAGAGGGACCAAGUCACGAAAGCGUUCGGCAAUCAUGGUUUGCAGGGCUUGGUCUUGCAUGUUCGCAGAGCCUUACAUUUUGCACCUGGGCCUUAGAUUUCUGGUAUGGUGGAAAACUUGUGUUCAAAGGGCUCAUCAGUGCCAAAGCAUUGUUUGAGACCUUCAUGAUCUUGGUGAGUACAGGUAGAGUCAUUGCAGAUGCUGGAAGCAUGACCAAUGACCUAGCAAAAGGUGCUGAUGCUGUUGGUUCAGUUUUUGCAAUCCUAGAUAGGUACACUAAAAUCGAGCCUGAUGAUGAGAUAGAUGGGCACAAGGCUGAGAAAUUAACAGGGAAAAUAGAGCUUCAUGAUGUUCAUUUUGCAUACCCAGCAAGGCCUAAUGUGAUGAUCUUUCAAGGCUUCUCGAUCAGAAUAGAUGCAGGAAAAUCAACAGCACUGGUAGGGCAAAGUGGGUCUGGAAAAUCAACAAUAAUAGGGCUAAUAGAGAGAUUCUAUGAUCCUCUGAAAGGGACAGUGACCAUAGAUGGUAGAGACAUAAAACAAUACCACCUUAGGUCACUGAGGAAACACAUUGGUCUGGUGAGUCAGGAGCCAACACUGUUUGGUGGGAGCAUAAGGGAAAACAUAGCAUAUGGAGCAUGUGAGAAGGUUGAUGAAAGUGAGAUCAUGGAAGCAGCAAGAGCUGCAAAUGCUCAUGAGUUCAUUGCAAGUUUGAAAGAUGGGUAUGAAACAUGGUGUGGAGAUAGAGGAGUGCAACUCUCAGGGGGUCAAAAGCAAAGAAUUGCAAUAGCAAGAGCCAUACUGAAGAACCCUAUAGUGCUGUUGCUGGAUGAAGCUACUAGUGCUCUUGAUAGCCAAUCAGAGAAACUGGUGCAAGAUGCUCUAGACAGGGUGAUGGUGGGAAGAACCAGUGUGGUGGUGGCUCACAGGUUAAGCACAAUACAGAACUGUGAUCAAAUUGCUGUGCUAGAGAAGGGAAAAGUGGUGGAGAAAGGGACUCAUUCAUCUUUGUUGGGUGAGGGACCAAGUGGAGCUUAUUACUCUUUGGUGAGUUUGCAGAGAAGACCAACAAAACAUGAAGGUUAAUCUUAAAAGUAUCAAAAUCAGCUAACCUAAACAAACAAGUUGUCACAUAUUUGAGAUUAUUAUAAAGGAUAAAGAUAUUUUGAUUACUAAAUUUUGACGACUUUCUCUUAGGAUACGAGGUGUCAUCUUUUAAGUGAUUUUUGAAUAUUAAGAAUGAAAAAAAGGAAAAACAAAAAAUCACUUAGAAGAUGACACUUAAGAUUGUAAGAGAAAGUUGUCAAAAUUUAGUAGUCAAAAAAUCAUUUUUCUACUAUAAAACCUCUUCUUUGGCUUGAGGGAAGAUUGCUGCAAAGAAGAAUGGUGGAGCAAAAAUGGAAGAUAAGGGCUAUAUAUAACAGUUGUUGUCUCUGAAUUUCUCAUGUUACGUAUGCUUAAAGUAAUUGUAUGAUAACUAGUUUCAUGUGACUUAAAUAUAUAUGUAGUCUUUUAGUCUUA